UAAAAGCACGGAUCAUGUGACUGGGAAAUGCAUAAAUCACUGAUUCAAGGCUAAGAAUAUGAUAUUUGAGAGGAGCAUUCCCAUAUUGAUUCUAUUUUCAAUUUAUUUAGCAUGGUUAGUUUGCAAGGCCGUUGCUUUCAACUGCAUCACCUGGGACGUCAUUCAAGAUGACUUGAAUCUAAUCUAUAGAACUGAUGAUUUUUUAAAACCAGUAUCUUUAAAAGAUAACAAUGGAAACGAAACAAUGUGCAGUUUCGAAAAGACGACAUAUCAUUGUCACCAUAUACCAAUGUUUGGAGUGAUCAAUCCAAACAUAAACAGGAACGAGAUCAUAUUCACGAUAGAAGACGUUAAGAGUAAGGACGUGGACGGAACAUGGUAUAUUUCACAAGGAGGCAAGACAUUUAGCACAACUGUUUCAUUAACAAAUGGUUUUAUAGGAUCUACAGAUAUAUAUAUCACAGGCGAGGUUAAUAUUUCUAAAGUCACAGUGAGAUGUUUUGCCUGUAGAGCACCUUAUGGAAAGAAUGUUGAGUUCCUUAUCAAUGAUAGAUCAGAAGACAGCUUAACGCUGAAUUCUACAACAGGCAAAUGUACACAUCAAGCAGGAGAGUGCAAUCCUGAAAUUUGCUCAUGUAGUCCAUCUGGAAACGAGUUUUCCCGUUCAUUUCAUCUAAAAAAUACCAGAGAAACUGUAAAUUUUUCAUGCGAUAUGAUGUUUGUGGACAGAACUGUAACGUCAUGGUUUUCAAAAUAUGCAACCUUAUUUUACGAUGGAACAGACGUUCACUCUAAAGAAACAAAAACAAAUAAGAAGAAUUCAUCUGAAAAUAGUAAUAAGACAAAAGACUAUGCUGGAAAAGAUUUUACAGGACCGUUGAUAGGAAUUUGUCUACUUGUGAUAGUUUUUAUAACUGUGGUUGCAGUGAUUGUUGUGUGCAAGAAAUCAAGGACCAAGCACAAUAUGAAACCAGUUCUUCACAGGCAAGAAGAGGCUACACCGUUAUGUUCCAACAUCUCUCAGUCUAGAGAAGAUCUACAAAGUUUAAAAGUUGCGACGGGUCCAGAAAUUCAUACUCAGGUCGAGAAGCACGUUAUCGGAAUGGAAAAUGAUCAGACUAACAAAAUUGUACAAGAAUCAGAAGAAGAAUUAGCUCCUCAAAUAAACAAUCAGGGAGUUAAAUACAUUAUAGGGAAAGAAAGUACUCAAGCUAAUGAUAUUAUACAGAAAUCAGAAGACGAAAUAGCUCUUCAAAUGAAUAAUCAUGGAGAAAAACACGUUAUCGGAGAGGAAAGUACACAAGCUAAUGGAAUUGACCAGAAAUCAGAGGACGAAUUAGCUCCUCAUAGGAAUAGUCAGGGUGAAAAAUACGUUAUCAAAGAGGAAAGUACUCACGCUAAUGAAAUUGUACAGAAAUCAGAGGACGAGUUAGCUCUUCAAAUGAAUAAUCAUGUGGUGGAGAACGUUAUCAGAGAGGAAAGUACACAAGCUAAUGAAAUUUUACAGCUACCAGAAGAAGAGUCGUACAUUUAUCAUGUUAACUCGAAACAAAGGCCAAAAUUACCCGCAAGACCAUUUGAUGCUGUGUUCGUAAAUUUUGAUGUCGACAUUGAAAGAACGUGGGUCGAGAGAGUUGUGGAUAUGCUUGAGAAGAUAUAUAACCUUAAUUGUGGACUUAUUGGCAGAGACUUUUUACUUGGUCUCCAAAUGGGAAACAGCUUUCAAUUUAUUGAGAAGCAUACGCCAGUUGUUGUAACCUUCUCAGAGAAGUCAGGCAGAAUGCAUACUACAAUUAGAGAUUUCGAAGAUAUUGAAAAAUUGGUUGUGGUAAUGGUGGAGGAAUGUUCUCUUCCCAUUGUUCGUACUAAUAUGAAAUGUAUUGACGCUACAAAGGAUAUAGAAAUGUGGUUGGAACAACUGUUAUAUGCUUUACAUUGCACAAUAGAUGUAAAAACCUUUAAAACAGGAAAAGAUUCAUUUGAAAUAGGGAUAGCUUUGAAUGAUUGAGGAGUUAUUACUAGAAAAGCGGUAGAUUCUUUUUUGCCGUCAGCUCCAAGUACCCAACGCAGGGCAACUUUAGUACCAUAACAGUUCCUUCCACAGAAUAUCGAUCAAUUUCUUGAGUACAUCAACAUUUAAGCUCAUGAUGAUGGGUACAAUCAACUCAGGCAACGUACAUGGUGCGGGGAAAAAAUAGAACUUAUCCUUUCAGACAUGAACUUAUCAAUUCACCUCUCGUUGUUUGUCUUAUAAGCUAUCUCAUUAUUGGUUGUGAAUAAUUAUGUUUUAAAAAUCAAGUGGACAAUCAACAAUAUUUACAUAUCAUUAGUGACAAAUCAAAAAAAGGUUGUUUAUUUUAAGUGUUUAAAGGACCGAAAUACCUCACGGCUGAAAAUUCACAUGAUGAUAGAGUAAACACUAUACUAUCAUUUAGUCCUGUCGUAGAGUUUUCCCACGGUGCAGUCUGUUUGUAAAAUCGCGAUAAAGAAUGACUUUCCGAUAUUUUUUUUUUUUUUGUUUAUCAAACACGGGAACGUUUAUAAUGUGUACUAUUGAUUGUCCUUUUCUUUUUUAUCCAUGGCGUUGUCAGUUUAUUUUCAUCCGAUGAGUUUGAAUGUCCCUCUGGUAUCUUUCGCCUCUCUUUUAUAAUAAAUUACUGUAUAAAGAUAUCAGCAAAUAUUUGCUAUAGAAUGAAAAAGUAAUGCAUCAGGUGUAUUCAAUAUCAAACUUAAAUAUCAAACGAAAAUACAUAUUGAGUGAAUCAGAAGAAUUUCAAUUGCAUGUGAAAUUGUUUUCAAUCUUACCGUCUGUUAAAGUUUGUUAAAUUUCUUGCAUAUAUCACCCGUAGUCAAUUUUGACAAAAAAAAAGUGGAACAACCAAUACGUAAGAAGUUUUAAUAUAUCAAAGUUUGGGAGAACAUACAAAUAAUCUUUUACGAUUCUUUUUUUAAUGCUCAUCAUAUAGUAGUUUUAUUAUUCAAUGUUCACCUCAAUAAGUCAAGUUGAACUCAUUAUCCUAUGUUUCUCUGACUUAUGAUUUGCUGUGUUUUUCACAAUUAAAUUGUGCAUUUUCCAAAUUAUUGUAAAUAAGAAUAUAGAUUGAUAUCAAUGUUUGUGUCUAGAUGUUUGGCUUAAUACAGUUGUUAAGGUUUAACUUUUGAGGUGUUUUUAUCCUUGCUGAGUUUUCGAAUAGACAUAUCUUAAAUAACAUUGGAACACAUCCGAAUUUAUCCGGAAAAUGAUGUGCUGUCCUGAUUCCAUCAAAUUAUAACAAAUGAAUUAUCAUAGGUCGUGUUAAAAAGCCUAUACAUGUACAAGAAGAAUAGAUGGUGAUACAUUUGAAUUACGGAAAAACCAAUGCUCAGCAACGUGUGCAUAACGUUCCGUGGAUGAAUCAACUAAUGUUGAAACACGCUUCGUGGCAUUACCAUUCGACUGGAUCCAAAUAUUUAUUCUGCAGAAAAUAGUCAUACAAUGAGAUAAGCAUAAAAAGCAUGUCGAGUCGAUUGGGCGAGCCGAUUAUGUUUUAAAAAGUAAAAUAACAAAAAUACUGAACUUAAAUGUCACAAAGCACCAGUCCGACUAUCAAGUGGUACGUUUACUCUCUAUAGAUUACUUCAAAAACAAUGCGCUGCCUUAUUCUUGCUCAAUGCAUUAUAAACUAUUUGUUGAAAUGAAAAAUUGAACUUGCCUCUGAUGCUUCAAAUGAGUCGGAGCAUGAUGUUGUGUUUUAAAAAACUAGCAGGAAGUCUACACGACAAUCUGUUUGUGAAAAAACAAACCAUUUUCAUUGCCGUAUCAUUUGCUAGAUACAUAUUGUUCCUUUCUUCCAGACCCUUCGUGGUGCGGUAAAAAUUGUGAAAAGCAGUUACGAUCGUUCAAAAUUUCAAAUGAUUACUAUUCAUCUCCGUCACAAUGUUGUAUUCCUACAGCUUUACAAUUUAUUCCUACCUCUCUGAUAAAUGUGUUGCCUGAUAUCCCUGAAUUUAAAACCAGUACACCCCUGAUCAGAGAUUAUAUGGGUACUGUACAAAGUUUUUAUGUAAAACGGUACAAUAACUUUUGGAAAUUUGGCCAAGGACGACUUUAAAACCCUAAUAGCUUGAUUUGAAAACUUCUGUCGUGUCGUGGACGUGUUUGAUCGGAAAGAUGUGGAUCAUUCUACAAAAUCAGCAUAGGAAUUAGGAGGUAUAUUCCAAAUGGUGGUAGAUCUAAGGUUUUCCGGGUCGUUGAAGGCAGAUUAAUUAGUGAUUGUAAGAAAUUUCUUUGUUCAUCCGAAAAUAAACAGGAGUUGAUAAGAUUUUUAUGUUACUGUGCACUCCCGCACUACAAUGAUUUUGAUUUGCAAGACCAUGACGAAAUAUUCCUAGCGGGAUAUUUUAAAGUACAAAGUUAUUGGACCAGUGAUAUCUGGUACACUAAAGGCUACUCACGCUCUUACGGGAUACAACACGACGUCUUCUUUCUUCUGAAUUGGCAAAAAGACAGUUUAUAAGGCGUCGAAACAAAACCCAUUCAUGUGUCGAAGUUUGUCAAUUUAGCUGGUUCUAAUAUUGACAGAUCGAUUACAGUGGAAAGUCAAUUCAUUGCUGAUCUAUAUGACCCCAGAAGCAAUGCUCCAUCAGUACAUGUUCAUCUCAAUAAACUCAAGAGUGACGUCGGCGCUAACUAAUGAUGCUUCCUUGGUGAGACUACCUCCUUCAGAGGCAUCAUUCAUACAGCACAUUCUCCGAGUUUCACUCUAAGUGUACGUCUGGAUGAAAGCUCAUACCACCACCUAGAUCACCUUUGGAAUAUAGAUGGAAAAUGGGGAAUAGCUCCAAAGUUCCAGUACAUUUUGAAAGUCCAAUGUCCUCUGACAUUUUAUUGAACCUGGUUUUUACAUGCAAAAGCAAAACUAUUUGUAGCAAAUCUUGCGUAUGCUACGAAAAUAAUGUUUGUGCAAAACAAUUUGUUGUUGUCACGGCAGUCUUUUCGUCGUUUUCUUUUGUUUUGCUUUAUUUUUUUUUUUUCAUGGCGUUGUCAGGAUUUUUUUUACUUCAUUUAUUACUACCAUUGAGUGGAUAUCUCUGCUGGUGGACUGUUAGUCCCCUAGGGUAUCACCAUCCUACUUGUCAGUAAUUAGGUAUUGGCAUGAAAAUACGUAUAUUGAUUUAUUUUAAUUUGCUGUAGUUUUAAAUUUCGAAAUCAUUUUAGAUUAAGGAAGCGAUUAUGGUGUAAUAAAAUUGAAAGCGUUAAUGUUAUUGAUAUCUUCCGCCUCUUUUAUAUACAAACUGAUAGCCUUGCAAGACAAUUCUCAAAUUUUUUUCGAUGAUAAGCUUAUUACAGGAACAUACUUAUAAUCAAAUGCAGUUGAUAGUUGAUACAAAUUACUAGAGAAUUUUUUAUUAGUGCUCAUGAAUUCUUGCUAGUUAAUUUUUUAUUAGCCUUCUCUGUACUUUCUAUAGUAAGGGAAUAAGAUGCUACAAAAAUGUUGCAAUGGAUCCUGUUUGCCUUACAGGCCGUAUCAAUAUGUCACUUUGAAGGCAUAGCUACAGACGUUUCAAAAAUCCUCAAAUUUUCAACUGGAUCUGCAAUUGAUUAAGCAGUAUGACCUAUUGUAUAUAUCAUACAAGUUAGACCUCACACACCACCAGAAAUUCUUUUUUUUAUAUAUAUAUAUAUAUGGACGGCUUUCCGUUAAGACGAUCAUAUUUUGAUAGAAUAUUAAACAAAUAUUUGCCAUCAUGUUGAUGAGAAGUCUCCAGAUAUAAGGUCAUAGUUUAAGUAUACCAUGUAUGUCUAACAGCUAUUUAUAGAGACAAACGAGUCAUGUCUGAAUAACAAACGCGUUUCUAUACAUCUUACUGUAUGAGCUAUCAGUAACAUGACUGGGGUUUUUAAUUUUGUUUGUAUGGUGUAUUCUUUUUUACUUGCCUUAUUAUCUUUAAUUAUGGAAAACAUGCAUUGUCUUAUACGUUAUUCUUCACAUUUGGUUUAAAUCAAAUGUUCACGACUAUAGAAGAUUCAAAUUAUUGAUGCAAACCAAUGAAUGGUCGGGUCACAGAUCAUAAACUUUCAGUUCCUCUCACUUGAGCUGGUAGUUUUUUUUAUAUUUGAUUGCUAGUGCCUUGGACUAAGUUGUGUAGUAUAUGUGUUAUCGCAUGUCAAAUUAUCUGGUCCAUAUGUAAAUAGAAAUAAGAAGAUGUGGUAUAAUAACACCAUUUUAUGUUACAUAAUGGUUUUUGUAAAUUUUAUUGUGUGAUUUACUAAUGGUAGUUAAGGACAGUUUUUACUGAUAAGUUGUAUGUUGCACAACGUGUCAUUAGUAAAUAUUCACAAUUUUGUCUGUUCAUUGUGCAUUUACAUAUGUGACUUGAUUCUUCAGUUCAAGCUUAACGUGAAACAAAUCAUUAAUAAGGUAAAUGACACAAAUUGGAGUGAAUAAAUUGGCGGUGACCAAAAAAGUGGUAAAAAUUGUUCAUGUGACUGUAACAAAGUGAUGGUAUAAAAAGGAGCUACCAAACAUGAACUGUGAAUUUUUUAUAUUAUAUUUUUGAAGAAUUAUAGAACUGACACAGACUAUGCAUAAUGGUUUUUGUAAAUUGUAUUGCUAUGUAAGAACAUUUUCACUUAUGAAAUAUAUGUUUUACAUAGUGUGAAGUGUGCUGUUUCUUUUGAUUUGAAAAUUUUCCUUUAAUGAAUAAACAUUCAAAUUCUGA